GUGUUGUGCGUGCACGUGGUGAAGUGACCGGUCUGGCAGGUGGGACAAAGUAAAUGCACUAUCCCCUUUCUGGCAAGGCAGGCAUGACGUAGCGAGGCGGAACCUGGCAGCAGCCACCAGAAGGUUCGGUGGAACUGCGGAAGGCACCAUAACGUUCAAGAACACUCGCGAUGCGGCUGGCUUUCACUGGGCAUUUUUCGAAACAGAGCCUUGCAAGUAUAUAACAAUCGAGUACCUCCGAGUCUUUGUUCUCAUCAGAACUCACAACACAUUCGACCAACACCCACAGCUCAUAGCUCAUCUGCAUACCUGAAUACAGGUCACACCACACGAUACCCACUGGCUUCUACGCCAUACACACAAGGCUAUAGUCACACACCACAAUGACUUCAUUCGACGCCUACACCGACCGCGCCGCUAAGGCUCUGGCAGACAGCUUCGAGCUGGCCAAGGACUAUGCGCACUCACAACUCACACCUCUACAUCUCGCCGUCUCACUGAUAGAUCCAUCCAAGGACCAGGCGAACCAGGUCGACAUCCCUCCACCGCCGCUGUUCAAGCAGGUCCUGGAACGCGCAAAUGGCGACGCACAGCUCUUCGAACGCGCUCUCAAGAAGGCUCUGGUACGGUUACCGAGCCAGGACCCUCCGCCAGAGCGCACGUCGCCGUCCCCCAAGAUGGCUGAAGUACUCCGCAACGCAGAAGACCUCAGCCGAACGCAGAAGGACAGCUACAUCGCCGUCGACCACCUCAUCCAGUCGCUCUGCAAAGACGCCCAAAUCCAGCGAUGUCUCGCCGACGCAAACGUACCGAACGCGAAGCAGAUCGACAACGCGAUCCAGGCGCUGCGAGGCACCAAGCGGGUCGACUCGAAGACGGCUGAUGCCGAGGAGGAGAACGAGAAUCUGAAGAAGUUCACAAUCGACAUGACUGCCAUGGCACGGGAAGGAAAGAUUGAUCCUGUCAUUGGUCGUGAAGAGGAGAUUCGACGAGUCAUCCGCAUUCUGUCGCGACGAACAAAGAACAACCCCGUCCUUAUCGGAGAGCCUGGUGUCGGCAAGACCACAGUCGUUGAGGGUCUUGCCCGCCGAAUCGUCGAUGCAGAUGUCCCUGCCAACCUGGCAGCCUGCAAGCUGCUCUCCCUGGAUGUCGGUGCUCUUGUUGCUGGCAGCAAGUACCGCGGAGAGUUCGAAGAACGCAUGAAGGGUGUCCUCAAGGAGAUUGAGGAGUCUAAGGAGAUGAUAGUAUUGUUCGUGGACGAAAUCCAUCUGCUCAUGGGCGCCGGUUCUUCUGGAGAGGGUGGCAUGGACGCGGCCAACUUGCUCAAGCCCAUGCUCGCCCGUGGUCAGCUGCACUGCAUUGGUGCAACUACACUCGCCGAAUACCGAAAGUACAUUGAGAAGGAUCAGGCUUUCGAGCGUCGUUUCCAGCAGGUCCUGGUCAAGGAGCCAUCGAUCCCUGAGACCAUCUCGAUUCUGCGUGGUUUGAAGGAAAAGUACGAAACUCACCACGGUGUCACCAUCAUGGACGGUGCCAUCGUCGCUGCCGCUACUCUUGCCGCUCGCUACUUAACACAGCGUCGCCUCCCCGAUUCUGCAGUCGAUCUCGUCGAUGAGGCUGCCGCAGCUGUUCGUGUCACCCGAGAGUCGCAACCGGAAGCUCUUGACAACCUUGAGCGUCGCCACCGUCAACUACAGAUCGAGAUCCACGCUCUCGCCCGCGAGAAGGACGAGGCCUCGAUACAGCGCCUCAAGGAUGCUCGUGCAGAAGCCGCCAACAUUGAGGAAGAUCUUAAGCCACUUCGCGACAUGUACGAGCGUGAGAAGGGCCGCAGCCGAGAGAUUCAGGACCAGAAGGUCAAGCUCGACGGUCUCAAGAACAAGCUUGCUGAGGCCGAGCGUAUGCGCGACAUCCAGACCGCUUCAGAUUUGAAGUACUACGCCAUUCCGGAUGUCGAGACUCGCAUCGCAGAGCUGGAGAAGCAGAAGGCUCAGGCAGAUGCCGAAAUGUGGGCACACCAGGCUGGGGACGGCCAGGCUCUGCUUAGCGAUUCUGUCGGUCCUGACCAGAUCAACGAGAUUGUCGCUCGAUGGACAGGUAUCCCCGUCACUCGACUGAAGACAACCGAGAAGGAGAAGCUGCUCAACAUGGAGCGCCACCUCAAUUCCACUGUUGUUGGACAGAAGGAGGCUGUUGUUGCUGUCUCUAACGCUAUUCGCCUGCAGCGCUCAGGUCUUGCCAACCCCAACCAGCCACCCAGCUUCCUCUUCUGCGGUCCUUCUGGUACCGGUAAGACACUGCUCACUAAGGCUCUGGCUGAGUUCCUGUUCGACGACGCCAAGGCCAUGAUCCGAUUCGAUAUGUCGGAGUACCAAGAGCGACACUCCCUUAGCCGUAUGAUUGGUGCACCUCCCGGCUAUGUCGGUCACGAUGCUGGCGGUCAGCUCACUGAGUCUCUUCGCCGGAAGCCCUUCUCCAUCCUUCUCUUCGACGAAGUUGAGAAGGCCGCGAAGGAAGUCCUGACUGUGCUCCUGCAGCUUAUGGACGACGGCCGCAUCACCGACGGCCAGGGCCGCAUUGUCGACGCAAAGAACUGCAUCGUCGUCAUGACCUCCAACUUGGGCGCCGAGCACCUUGCCCGCCCCAACGCGCCGGAUGGCAGGAUCGACCCCACUACCAAGGAGAUGGUUAUGGGCGCCCUGCGCAACUGGUUCCUCCCCGAGUUCCUCAACCGUAUCUCCAGCAUCGUCAUCUUCAACCGUCUUACUAAGAAGGAGAUUCGCAGGAUCGUCGAUGUACGACUUGGAGAGAUUCAGAAGCGACUUACUGCCAACGGGCGGAACGUUCGCAUCGAGAUGUCACCAGAGGUCCGCGAUUACCUUGGUUCCGCUGGGUACUCGCCUGCCUAUGGUGCUCGACCGCUGGCCCGUCUCAUCGAGAAGGAGGUGCUCAACCGUCUUGCAGUGCUCAUCUUGCGUGGCGCUGUCAAGGAUGGCGAGGUCGCGCGUGUGGAGUUGGAUGAUGGACACAUUGUUGUUCUUCCCAACCACACUGAUUCUGAAGAGGACUCGGAGAUGUACGAUGAGUCUGAUGCAGUCGCUGAGUUGGAAGAUGAGGAGGGUGGUAUGGAUCUUUACGACUAGGAGAUUAGACGAUCGACUAAUGGAGCAGAUGAGUAGAGGGAGGAGACGUUUGAUGAUUGAUGAUAAGCAUAGGUGUUAUGGCGUUUGGGAUGAAUGCAUGGGAUAGACAUGCAUUGAUUGAUUUAUGAGACACGAUUUACGGAUAGCGCAAAAGGUACAUUUCCGCACUGGUCGAUCGCCCUUUGUACAUAGUCAAUAUGAAACCUCAAAACAACCCUCGAUGUUCUCUGAGUAAUGUAUGAAUACUUCGUGCCCCACCCUAUAAGCCUAGCCAAUAUCUUCAACUACGCACCACGAAGUUGUUGAACUUCAAAAACAAGCGGAAGCUGAACCAUGUUGUUUGUGGGAAAGGAUCUUUCUGCGUCUCGAAAGCACUUGUUUUUGUAGUUCUUGCCUCCUCUAUCUCAACACUGUUACAUUGCGAAAACACACACACAAUUUGAACGGCCUGUUCAGAUACG